AUCAAGGAAGUCCUUCAGUUCCUGGUUCCUGUAGAAAAAAAUAGUCAAAAUAGAGACAGCUGUACUUGCUAUAUGUAAUACUCCUAUAAUUUACAUAACCUAUUGUUAAUUUGUGCACCUCAGACUUUAAUGAACUGAUUAUAAUGGUGGCCUGCUGCACAUGACGAUAUCGGCUUUAUUGACACUCGUGGAAGUCAAGAGAGCAACGAGGAAUACAACAAACAGCUAUUAGCAAGGGAUUUAUAACACGCAGCUGGUAUUAUUCUGCAAAUACAGAUCAUUGUUAGACAUAGUUUUGACCAGACAGCAGCAAAAUGCACCGGAGAGGUGUUGGUGCCGGGGCUAUUGCCAAAAAGAAGCUGGCAGAGGCUAAGUACAAGGAAAGAGGAACAGUUCUGGCCGAGGAUCAAAUUGUCCAGAUGUCUAAACAGCUGGAGACCUUCAAGUCACACCUGGAGGAAUUCGCCAGCAAACACAAACAAGAGAUCCGCAAGAAUUCCCAGUUCAGGGUUCAGUUCCAGGAGAUGUGUGCCACCAUUGGGGUCGAUCCGCUCGCCUCUGGAAAAGGUUUUUGGUCGGAGAUGCUCGGUGUAGGUGACUUCUACUACGAGCUCGGCGUGCAGAUUAUUGAAGUGUGCCUUGCCCUGAAACACAGAAAUGGAGGGCUGAUUACUUUGGAUGAACUCCACCAGAGAGUGCUGAAGGGAAGAGGGAAGUACGCUCAGGAUGUGAGCCAAGAUGACUUGGUGAGAGCCAUAAAGAAACUAAAAGCCAUGGGAAAUGGUUUUGGGAUGAUUCCUGUGGGCGGGUCUUACUUGGUGCAGUCGGUCCCAGCAGAGCUCAACAUGGAUCACACGGUGGUGCUGCAGCUGGCUGAGAAGAAGGGCUACGUCACAGUGAGUGAGAUCAAGGAGAGUCUAAAAUGGGAGAAAGAACGGGCUUGUCACGUCCUGGAUCAUCUGUUGAAAGAGGGAUUGGCUUGGCUGGAUUCUCAAGCUGCCGGAGAACCGCAAUACUGGCUGCCGGCUCUCUUCUCUGAACUGACUUCCCGCGAUGUCACACCCGAGGAGGCCAAUCAGAUGACGCCUUAAGAAAAAUAAAUCGGAGUACAGACAGUUUGGAAACAUGCUGGUAAACAAAAUGUGCCUGGCAGAAAGGCUCGCUUGAUGGACUUGGCAGGCACGGUGAAUUCCCUCUCGGAUCGUUUUCGGAGCCCAAAGAGCAAAGCUGUGCUCAGUGGGUCGUCCUCAGAGUCCACAGACACUGAAAGCAGGACACAGCAUUGCUCACUUUCCAUUACAACAUAUAUAUAAAAUUCAGUGGAGGUUGUUAUUACUACUUAAGGUGAUCAUCGGUGAUGGGAGAGCUUGGUCAAAGCAAUUUUCAGAACAUGCCGUUGCAUUUUUUUUUCUUCAGGUUACUACUGUAUAUUUAAAGUAACUGAAAAAAAAGCAUCCACGUCAGCAGAGGUGUACAGGCAGAACUUAACUUUUAUUUUCCUCUAACAAGGCCAUGUAAAGGGUGCAAUGUACAUUGUAGAGAAAAUUAUUUGUUCAGAUAUAAAAUACAUGGUUAUGUAAAUCAUC